AUGGAGUCCCCCUGCGCGCUCCAGUCGCGGAAACCAUUUUUUGACGAUGGUGGAGUUUCUGAGAUUUUAUCUUCGCCGUACUUCGUAUUAGACGCUUUUGGCUUGUUCGCAGAUGAACUUCUUCUAAGUGCCUAUGAAUGCGCAACAUAUGCUAACAGUUACUGGCGUACCCUAGGAGAGAAUGAUGAUGAACGCGCGAAGAGGUUUGAUAGCAUGGUGAAAGCCAAAAUCACCUGGAAAGAAAUUGUUCGCACAGCGAUUGGAAGAGCAUUAAAAAAACGAACUCGAGACGCAGAAAAUGAACUCGAAUCACUUUGAAGCAAUUUUGUCGCCCAUCACCAUAACCUCAUUACCCUUUUUUUGGCCGAACACGUUCUCAUUAUCACCGCACUGAUUAGAAGAAUCUGCAUUUUUUAUUCCCUUUUCAUUUAAUU